AUGGCGGCCAACCGGGUUUCUCUUGCGCUUGCCGCUCACUUUGGGCUUGAUGAUAUACUACAAUCUCUCGUAGAGAAGACUCAAGACGGCAUUGAAGCACGAGGGCAAGCUUUGAUCGAAGCCGCUAGGAACGGCCAGAAAUCUUCUCUUCAAAUUCUUAUCACGUCAAAAGGGCACGGCCUCGAUGUAAACGACACAUAUGUCCAGGCCGCGAUGCAAGCAGCAUGUUCAUGCGGACAUGAUGAGCUUUUCAAGAUUCUACUGGAUGCUAUACCACCUUCAACACAACAAACCUUUACUGAAAGUCGAAAAGAGGAGACUUUUGGAGAGGUCCUUCAUGAAAAGAACCCCACGUUUGAGGAAGACCUUGUAGUUGACACUUCCCACAAGCCAUUGCGUUGGUUGGCAGCCCCGCUCAACAGAGCAUCCUACCUGGGGCUGGACAACAUAACAGCCAAGCUGUUGAUAGAUGCUGGCGAGAAUUUGACUGCUGCAAUGGACCGAAAGGGUUUUACACCCCUGCAUUUGGUCAGGACUGGUGGCGCGGAGAUUGUCCAGCUUUUACUUGACAAAGGGUCGUCCAUUACCACUCCGGACCGCUUUGGCUUCACACCUUUGCUAUUGAUGUCCGCAUGGGGAUGUGCGGCCGCAAUAGAAACACUUCUUCAUCAUAAAAGCCUUGCGGAACAUUUGCCGGAAACGCCUCCCACUCUCUGGAAACGUACACCUCUGCGCAUUGCCGCAAGUCGUGAAGACCCUGGCAUCGUGGAAUUUCUCGUUUCAAAAGGAGCGAAUCUUGAGGCGGUUGAUAAGGAUGGCUGGUCUGCAAUCUUUGCAUCAUCACUGUUCGGGAGAGCAGAAAGUGUCCGCAUCUUUGCUAGAGCCGGCGUCGAUGUGAAAUCAUACUUCGGUGAGAAUACAGAAACUCCGUUGCAUGUCGCCAUAAAGUUUCCCGAGACUGUUAGAGUUCUUCUUCAACAUGGCGCAAACGUCAACCAACCAUCUUCGGAUGACGACGAGCUUUGCACGCCAUUCGAUAGAGCUGUACGAGACAACCAAGUGGAAACGGUCAAAAUCAUGCUCGAAGAGGCAAAGAAGGCUCCCGAUUUGACACUUCCUUCCACCAAGAAAGCCUUACUAGAUGCAGUAGCUUGGGGCUACGAAGGUGUAGUUGCCCUCGUUCUUGAGGCCGGCGCAGACGUCAAUCUUGUGGACGAAAGCGGCUGGUCGCUUACAGUCCGCCUUCUGGUUCACGCCGGGGCUGAGCUAACUGCAACAAAUAAGUCUAGUUGGACUCCCAUCAUAAACGUCUUGAGAAUAGGCCAUGAGGAGGUCGCCAGGUACUUGCUGACGAAAAGUUCCGUCCUUGCUAUUCUCAAGACUCCUCCCGGUUGUGACGUAAACAGUCAGUGUGGAGCGUUCUUCGCCACCCCUUUGAUGGCGGCUGCAAGUCGAAAUAAAGCUGUCCAGGAUACGGAGCGAAUGAAGACCAUGCAAUAUCUCCUUGACAGAGGCGCUGACCCCACCAUCCCAGCUGGUCACGUCGCAUACGCCAUCAGCUUCGCAGCCUGGGAGUGUUCUCCUGACAUAGUCCAAUUUAUCCUGGACCGCAAAGCUUCUACCAAUGUCAGUGAUGGCUUUGGCCGAAAACCGAUACAUCUCGCCUGUUACAACUCACUCGCGGUACUGAACCUUCUUGAGGUCCAAGACGGAGACUUUACAGUCAAAGAUUCGACCGGGCGGCUGCCUCUCUACUACGCCGUUCUCAGCGGGCAAAUGGCGCUUGUGAAUGAAGUGUUACUGCGCUCCGAAAGGGUUGGCAUCGACAUAAAUGUCGUAGACAAGAACGACUGGACCCCACUGAUGUGGGCAACACGGGCUUCAUGCUUGAAUGACCGCACUCAGCAUGAAAUCGCUCAAGAUGAAGACGUGAUCUCACUUUUACUUGAGAAAGGGGCCAACAAGAAGCUACUUGCCAAUGGGCUCAACAGGAAAUGGAGCGCCCUAGACAUCGCCCAGUAUCAUCAUGCCGAAAGGUGA